AUCCUUGUUUCUUUCGGCUUUCGACACCCACAGGUCGAGGCCACAUGUUACCGAAUGCCCGACUGUGCAUUGGAAAAGGGGGGGGUGCUUCCCGCUGUUGCACUUGCAACUUCCGUCCUCGCGCAGCACUCCCUCCCAGGUCCCUCUUUGUCCGCCGCUGCACCUUCUGGCCUCGCCAACAACCCUCGCUUCUCCGUAACAAGCAGCCGCAGCCAUGGCUCCAAGCAAGCAGGAUACCGAGGCGUACAUCAAGACGAUCGCAACCCCGCCUCCUCCCGGCGCACCCUACGCUCUGCCGAUUCCUGGCACCGAGCGCCCGAAUCGCACACCCAUCUACCGCCACUGGCGCUUUCAGAACGGCCCGCUGCUGGAGACGUUCGAUCCGGCACACAGGACGGUCCACGACCUCUUCGAGCAUGUCGUUUCCCAGGGCCCCGGCAAUAGGUGCUUGGGUUGGCGACCGUGGAACCCCGCCACGAAGACGUGGGAGCCCAAGUAUGUCUGGUUGACAUUCGCCGAGGUCGCCGAGCGGAGGAAGAACUUGGGUGCCGGUAUCGUAGAGCUGCACCACCGCCUCGGGGUGAAGGAGGAGAAGUAUGGCGUCGGCCUGUGGGCGCAGAACCGGCCCGAGUGGCAGAUCACCGAGCUGGCGCUGCUCUCGCAGUCGCUGUGGCCCGUCUCACUGUACGAGACGCUGGGCCCCGAGACUUCGGAGUACAUCAUCAACCACAGCCGGCUGACCGCCAUCGCCUGCUCGCUGCCCCAUAUCCCGACCCUGCUGAAGCUGGCGCCGCGCGUCCCGUCGCUGAAGCUCAUCAUCUCGCUCGAUCCCCUCGACGCCGGCGAGAUGCCCGGCCACUCGAAACUGUCGCUGCUCAACGCUACCGCGGCCAACGUCGGCAUCCAGAUCUUCUCCAUGACCGACGUUGAAGCUAUUGGCGCGCGAUCCGGCCGCCCCAUGCGCCCCCCGACGGCCGAGGAUAUUCUGACCAUCAACUACACGUCCGGUACGACGGGCGACCCGAAGGGCGUCCUUCUCACCCACCGGAACGGCGUGGCCGGCAUCACGGCCGCUCGGUCCAACGAAACUAUCAAGGCCGGCGACGUCCACCUUUCUUAUCUCCCGCUCGCGCACAUAUACGGCCGCAUGGUGGAUCAGUCGGCUCUGGCCGCCGGCGCCAGCGUCGGCUAUUUCCACGGCGACAUCGCCGGCCUGGUGGAAGAUAUGAAGAUCUUGAGACCCUCCGGCUUCAUGUCGGUGCCGCGGCUGUUCAACCGGAUCAACUCGGCUGUCCAGGCCAACACGAUCGAGGCGCCCGGCUUCAGGGGCUCCUUAUCGCGGCACGUCAUUGAGGCCAAGAAGGCGAGCAUGAAGCUGCCGCCGGGCAAGGCCACGAACAAGCACAUCCUGUACGACCGCAUCUUCACCCAAAAGGUCCUGAAGGGCGUCGGUCUGCAGCGCACGCGCACCAUGGUCAGCGGGAGCGCCCAGCUCGACCCCGACGUGCACCUGUUCCUCCGCGCCGCCUUUGGCAAUAAUUUUGUCCAGGGUUUCGGAAUGACCGAGUCGUACGCGGUCGGCACCGUCCAGUUGCCCGGCGACUUCACCACUGGCAACAUCGGGCCGCCGUGCCCGUCGGUCGAGCUGUGCAUCGAGUCGGUCCCCGACUACGAGUACACGGUAGAGGACAAGCCGAACCCGCGCGGCGAACUGCUGAUGCGCGGGCCGGUCAUCUUCAAGGAGUACUUCCGCAACCCGGAGGAGACGGCCAAGGCGAUCGAGCCGGACGGCUGGUUCCACACGGGCGACAUCGUCGAGGUCGACAGCAUGGGCCGCUUCAAGAUCAUCGACCGCAAGAAGAACGUGCUCAAGCUGGCCCAGGGCGAGUACAUCUCGCCCGAGCGCAUCGAGAACGUCUACAUGGGCAGCACCAACCUGAUCGCCAUGGCGUUCGUGCACGGCGACCCCAAGGAGUCGACCCUGGUGGGCAUCUUCGGCGUCGAGCCGGCCCAGUUCGCGCCCUACGCCAGCAAGAUCCUGAAGAAGCCCGUGCCCGCCGACGACAGGGAGGCGCUGCGCGAGGCCGCCAACGACCCGCGCGUCAAGGGCGCCUUCCUCAAGCUGCUGGACCAGAUCGGCACCAAGCACAAGUUCAACAGCUUUGAGAAGGUCAAGAAUUGCUACCUGGACGUGGAGCCGUUCACGAUCGAGAACGAGCUGCUGACGCCGACGCUCAAGCUCAAGCGACCCCAGACGGCGCGGGCAUUCCGCAAGGAGAUCGACCGCAUGUACGAGGAGAUUGCGGCUCGGACGGCCGAGAAGCCCAAGCUCUAGCCAGCCUCUCUUCUUCCUGCAGUACCUACCUACUGUACAUAUACAUACAUUAUAACUUGCAUUUCCUGUAUGUUCGGUUGGAUGCCAUAGGUAGCUUGUGAGCCAGCUAGCGGGUGGGCUAGCUGGCUUGCUGCGUCUGCUGC